ACUCAAUAAUUCAAUCAAAAGCUGCUCCUUUUGACCAUUGACGUCUUUUGCACGUUGCACUUGCAGUUCCUCGCUUCAUUCCUCUCAACCCCUCAGUUUUACCUCACAAGCUAUUUUCCCGUUUCAGUUUUUUCAUCGUUAUCCUCGCCGGCGAUACUCUCCUCCCUUCUCACUGCCAAACUAGCACUACCCAGAAUCCUCCUUCAAUCUUAAUUAAUAGUAGCUUUCUCGCUCUUCAAUUUUUAUUUUAAAAAACACGACGAAACGAAGCAGAGAAGCCAUUCGUCUCUGCUGCCCCAGUGUUUAUUGUCGUCGUCGUCUUCUUUCCGAUGGCGAACCUUGAAGACGAAAGGACCAUCCAAGAAGAACUCUCGUUUCCCAUUUUAUUCGGAGACAGAGUUAUCAAAGCCGCCAAGGAGGCCGAAUCCUCGAAGCCGGAUUGCUCCGAACUCGCCAAGCAAGUGGAACACCUCUCGACCAUGCUUCGGUCCAUCGUCCGACUUGCCUCCACCACUCCCUCUCUCUACGAGCCACCCGUUCGCCGGAUUGUCGCCGAAGUCUCCAAGAACCUCGAACGAGCCCUAACCCUUGUCCGCAAAUGUAAGAAGCACAGUGGGGUUCUUCGUCAAGUCUUCUCCAUCACCUCCACCGCUGACUUCCGGAAGGUUUCCACCCUUCUCGAAUCUUCUAUCGGCGACAUGAAGUGGCUUCUCAGUAUCUUUGAUUCCGACGGUGGUAUCGAAUUGACUCUCCCUCCGAUCGCUAGCAACGACCCGAUUCUCGCUUGGGUUUGGUCCUACACAGCCACAAUUCAAAUGGGCCAGCUCAAGGACCGAGCCGAGGCGGCCAACGAGCUCGCUUCAAUCGCUAAAGACAACGAGCGCAACAAGAUUAUUAUCAUGGAAGAAAGUGGGAUUCUACCUUUGCUGAAGUUACUGAAGGAGUCUGCUUCCCCCGAUGCUCAACUUGCUGCUGCUAAUGCUUUGGUCAAUAUCGCUACUGACCAGGAGAGAGUGGUCGGGUUCAUCGUAGCAUCUCUUGGGGUUCCGAUUCUUGUUCAGGUUCUCGGCGAUUCUCCGAUGAGGGUUCAGGUUGCUGUAGCAAAUUUGGUGUCAAAGAUGGCAGAACAGGGUCAAAUUGCUCAGGAGGAGUUUGUGAGAGCAAAUGUGACUAGACCACUGAUUUCCUUGUUGUCCAUGGAUACAGUUCUCAGUGACCCCAUGCUUCAAGCGGGAAGAGCAAGUAUUCAUUCAUUGGUUGUGAAUUUGUCAUCUUCUGGUUCAUCAUCGUUUUCUGCGAAUUCUGAUCAUGGAAGUAGCAAAGGAAGUGGGAAUUACAGGAGGGAAAGGGAGGUUGAGAGUUCUGACAUGAAGAAAAAGAUCAAAAUAAGUUGUGCAGAGGCCUUGUGGAAACUCUCGAGAGGAAGUCUAUCAACCAGCAAGAAAAUUACAGAGACCAAAGGUUUGCUUUGUUUGGCUAAAAUGAUUGAGACAGAAACAGGUAUAUUGCAGCUCAAUUGCCUUAUGGCAAUCAUGGAGAUAACUGCGGUAGCAGAAUCCAAUGCUGACUUUAGAAGAGUGGCUUUCAAGCCUACUGCUCCAGCAGCAAAGGCAGUCGUGGAUCAGCUUUUGAGAGUGAUUCAGCAGGAGACCAAUCCGGCAUUGCAAAUUCCUUCCAUUAAAUCAAUAGGGUCAGUGGCUCGAAAUUUUCCUGGAAAAGUUCCGCAAAUUAUUGGUCCUUUAGUUGCUCAACUUGGUAAUAGGGAAGUGGAUGUUGCCAUUGAAGCUGCUAUUGCUUUGGGUAAAUUUGUGUGCCCUGAGAACUACAAUUUUUCCUAUCAUUCUAACACAAUAAUGGAGUUCAAUGGAGUUCCUAGUCUAAUGAGAUUGCUUCGGGUCAACGAUCGUGCCAAAAAACAUGGCCUAGUUCUACUUUGUUACCUUGCCAUCCACGUAGGCAAUAGUAAGGUUCUUGAGCAAGAACAUGCCUUGAGUACUCUCGAGGGGCUGGCUCGUCCUGUUAUAGCUCAACAUCCUGAGUUGAGGGAUCUUUUCACAAAAGCCAUUCACAACCUCACUCUUUAUCAAGCGGGAGCUCAAUUGCACAGACAACCUUUUGUGUCAUAAUCGAUCCCUGUUCUGUAAGUGUUUCAAAUAAGCAAGUGUGUAUUUAUACCGAAUUUAUUAACGAUGUGGAAUUGCAAAGUUCAAUGCAAUGCCCCUUAUUGUUGAAGUAAGUAUUUAUGGACCAUCAUGGACUACUGACUGAUCAUACGAACUAUUUAUCCAUUGGCCUGGCAUAGCUUAUUCAUUGAGGAAACAGAUGAAUGUACAAAUUUUCUAUCCAGAAAUAAUUGCACGUAA